AUGGCUCCCAACCUCUUUCUCUGUUUGCGGAACGUGUUCUGCCCGACCUACUGGUUCCAGCGUGGAGAACGCAUCCAAGGUUCUAUCCACAAAGAGGAACAUUGGGACAGUCCCGUUCCUGGCAUCUACAAGUACAUCCCGGGUCGAGGAUGGCAUCUUGUCUACAAAGACGGCAAUGACAGCGACGAGAAAGUGCCUGUUCCGCUUGUCUAUUGCCGGAUCCUUCACCGAUACAUCUUUGAACACGAAAUGGAGGAGCGCUGCCGCUGGCACACCGUGGAAAUCCACGAAGGCGCCAAGCCAGAAAAAUUCAUGUUCUUCCUCCUUGAUGAUGGAUACACCUGGGUGGCCGGAUGGGAUGCCAAGGGCAAAUUCAUUCCCGGUCCUUACCAGAAAUGGCACUACGAUGCAGAGUCGAGGACCCUGCGCCGGGUGCUGUUCCCCGAAAGCUCGAAUGUGUCCCGGGCUAGCAUUUUGCCGAACAAGAUGACUUGA